ACUCGAAUGUGAGAUCUGCCCCGGAGUGGCUGCUGAGGAAUCAAGCCAUCAUGGAGUUCGUGAUGAAACAGGCCCUGGGAGGGGCCACCAAGGACAUGGGAAAGAUGCUUGGGGGUGAUGAGGAGAAGGACCCCGAUGCUGCCAAGAAGGAGGAGGAGCGGCAGGAGGCACUGAGGCAGGAGGAGGAAGAGCGCAAGGCCAAGUAUGCCAAGAUGGAGGCAGAGCGCGAGGUCAUGCGGCAGGGUAUUCGAGACAAGUAUGGCAUCAAGAAGAAAGAGGAACGUGAGGCAGAGGCCCAGGCGGCCAUGGAGGCCAACUCGGAAGGUAGUCUCACGCGACCCAAGAAAGCCAUCCCGCCGGGCUGCGGGGACGAGCCCGAGGAGGAGGACGAGAGCAUCCUAGACACGGUCAUCAAGUACCUCCCCGGGCCACUGCAGGACAUGUUCAAGAAGUAG